CCGGGCUCCGGGAGGGCGGGUCCGGGCAUGGCCGGGCCGGGAGCGGCGCCCCAGGCGCGGGCGUGGCUGCUGCUCGGCGGCUGCCUUCUCGCCGGAGCCCAGCUGGAUUCUGAUGGCACCAUUACUAUAGAGGAGCAGAUUGUCCUUGUGCUGAAAGCUAAAGUACAGUGUGAACUCAACAUCACAGCUCAGCUCCAGGAAGGAGGUAAAGAGGGAAAUUGUUUCCCAGAAUGGGAUGGACUCAUUUGUUGGCCCAGAGGAACAGUGGGGAAAAUAUUGGCUGUCCCAUGCCCUCCUUAUAUUUAUGACUUCAAUCAUAAAGGAGUUGCUUUCCGACACUGUAACCCCAAUGGAACAUGGGAUUUUAUGUACAGUUUAAAUAAAACAUGGGCUAAUUAUUCAGACUGCCUUCGUUUUCUGCAGCAAGAUAUCAGCAUAGGAAAGCAAGAAUUCUUUGAACGCCUCUAUGUCAUGUACACAAUUGGAUAUUCUGUCUCUUUCGGUUCCUUGGCUGUGGCUAUUAUCAUCAUUGGUUACUUCAGACGAUUGCAUUGCACUAGGAACUAUAUCCACAUGCACUUAUUUGUGUCUUUCAUGCUGAGAGCUGCAAGCAUCUUUGUCAAGGACAAAGUGGUCCAUGCUCACAUAGGAGUAAAGGAGCUACAGUCUCUGUUGAUGCAGGAGGACCUGCAAAAUUCCAUAGAAAUGCCUUCUGUGGACAAAUCACAGUAUAUUGGGUGCAAGAUUGCUGUUGUGAUGUUCAUUUACUUCUUGGCUACAAAUUACUAUUGGAUCUUGGUGGAAGGUCUCUACUUGCAUAGUCUAAUCUUUGUGGCAUUCUUUUCGGACACCAAAUACUUAUGGGGCUUCACCUUGAUAGGCUGGGGGUUCCCAGCAGUAUUUGUUGUGGCCUGGGCUGUGGCACGAGCAACUCUGGCUGAUGCAAGAUGCUGGGAACUUAGUGCUGGAAACAUCAAGUGGAUUUACCAAGCCCCAAUCUUAGCAGCUAUCGGGCUCAAUUUUAUUCUGUUUCUGAAUACGGUUAGAGUUCUGGCUACCAAAAUCUGGGAGACCAAUGCAGUUGGGCAUGACACAAGAAAGCAAUACAGGAAACUGGCCAAAUCAACCCUGGUCUUGGUGCUGGUCUUCGGAGUGCACUACAUCGUGUUCCUGUGCCUGCCCCACACCUUCGUGGGGCUGGGCUGGGAGAUCCGGAUGCACUGUGAACUCUUCUUCAACUCCUUCCAGGGCUUUUUCGUGUCUAUCAUCUACUGCUACUGCAAUGGGGAGGUUCAGUCUGAGGUGAAGAAGUUGUGGAGUCGGUGGCAUCUCUCCAUCGACUGGAAGAGGACGCCCCCGUGCGGCGGCCACAGGUACGGCUCCGUGCUCACCACGCUGACCCACAGCACCAGCAGCCAGUCGCAGGCCGCCGCCAGCACCCGCAUGGUGCUCCUGUCGGGCAAGACGCCCAGGCCCGCCGGCCGCCAGCCCGACAGCCACGUGACUCUACCCGGCUACGUGUGGAGUCACUCGGAGCACGACGGCCCGCCACACUCGAUCCACGAGGAGCCCACGGCAGGGAACGCCAGGCUGGGUGACGAGAUGCCCGCCGCCGAGUCUCCCGGGCCGGUGGCCUUGAACCCGGAACCGGAAGGAAGCCGCGGAGAGAUGGAGGACGUCCUCUGAGGCGACAUCGGGGACUUCCGCUUCCGAGGGCGGGUCCUUCCGGUUGGGUCUGCGGAGUUUCCCUGGCGUUUCUCUGCUUGAGCCAGAACUGAAAAUGCAGUGUUCAACACGUUCCUUCACCGAAGUUUUCAGGAGGCGACGACUGGAUCCUGUAGAUACUCAAGACCCAAAAGAAGACGUGUCAGAGGAGUAGUCAGUUACCUUACUCUGGCAUCGGCUUCUCUUCUAAAUGGUUGUGUGGUACUUGCUCUGUGGUGAUUCUUUUUUUUUUUUUUUUUUUUUUUUUUCUGCUUCUUUUGAGUAGAAGAUGUUUCAAUGGCUUGGCUCUAGCUUUCUGUCCGAGAUACCACUCUAAGUAUGAUGGCGGGCACUCCCUGUGUGUUAUUUCCCUUUGAAGAAAUUAGCAUUCUCUUUUUCUCUCAUUUUAAUGUACUUUGACCAUUGCGUUCCUUUUGCCUGUGCGUAGGAGCAAUUCGGGUCUGAAAACAUACCUUGGACGAUGAAAGAGCUAAGCACCAGUAACAUGCUAGAAAAAAAGUGGCUGGACUUUGAUAAGAUAAUUAAUUUGUGAAAUAGUUGUUUCUUUCCAGGAACAGGGAAAAUUACUCAAAAGGAAUGUUGCACAUGUUCCUUCUUUUGAAUGUCUCCUCUGUGACCAGCCAAAUCUCAGGUCUUCACUUCUGUGCAAACCUUGGCAUGCCACCCGGUUUUCUCAGUCCCCGAGCUUGUGUGUGCAAACUGCUUCUGUUUGUGAUCCUCUGCGUGGAUAGCAAGGCACGCUGCAUUUGUGCCUUUUUCUUCUUUGUUCUAUUACUGUAUUCCAGAUGGCAUGUGGAAAAAAUUAAAAGUUUGUUUUAAAAAUACCUUUUGGGUCACUUUUAAAGAUUUUCUCUCAGCAUCUAAUAACUUUGUUUUUGAGAACCAACCAAAUGUUUCUUCUUCAAACUUGCAGAGAUCAGCAUGUAGCUCCAGCACUUUCCCGAACUUGAAACUUCAGUAUGUUGCAGUAACGAAGCAUUUAUUGAGUGUAUGUCAGGAAUUAAACCAGAAAAUUGGGGAAUUAACCUAUUUAAGUGGAAGCUGUACAGUACUGGGAGCCACAGAACCUGUUCGAAUUCAGCCCUGAAGUGACCUGGCUGUUUGACCUGCUGCAUAAGCUUGCAAGAUAUUCUAUUUUAAAACAGGUUGGUCACUUUUCA